UCGAAUCUUCCGUUUAAUAUACUACAUUCAUCAGUUCAGUACAGUAUUACACAUGCAAACCGAAGCGAGAUUAGUUUGCACAAGUGUAAGCGAGAUGGAUAGAAUAGCGAGUCAUAGCGAAAUGGUCCGAGUUUAACCGAGAAGUUGAGGUGAGGCCAGGAACCUCCCUAUUCUUUUCCGUUUGUUACAUGCGUGAUACGACCCCCAGUUGAACGUUUGUUCUUGCUGCUGCCGCUUUCUUUUUUCCUAAUACAUACUUGCAACAUAUGCAUUAGUGUAUGUGCGUAUUCAUACGUACUUGUAAAAAUACGUAUAUGCGUACCUUUUCAAGCACGUAACACAUAAACUGUGCAACCGUCGUUCGGUACGUUUUUCGACGACGAUAAGUUCGAGAGUGCCACAGCGAAGCGAAGCAGAGUAGCAGUGCCCUUAUACAGACAAGUGUAUUUUGUUUCUCUCAGGAUUAAUAAUCACUGGUCACAUCCUUGAAGACAUGGCAUCAGGAGUAACUGUGGCGGAUAUUUGUAAAACGACUUACGAAGAGAUAAAGAAAGAUAAGAAACAUCGAUAUGUAAUCUUCUAUAUCAAAGACGAAAAGCAAAUUGACGUAGAAGUAAUUGGAGCACGUGAAGCCACCUAUGAUGCUUUCCUAGAAGAUUUGCAAAAAAGCGGUACCGGAGAGUGUCGCUAUGGACUCUUUGACUUUGAAUAUACUCAUCAAUGCCAGGGAACUUCUGAAGCUUCCAAGAAACAAAAAUUAUUUUUGAUGUCGUGGUGUCCAGACACAGCUAAGGUGAAGAAGAAGAUGCUGUACUCUAGUUCUUUUGAUGCAUUGAAGAAAUCUUUAGUUGGUGUGCAAAAGUAUAUCCAAGCGACAGAUCUUUCAGAAGCCUCAGAAGAAGCAGUUGAAGAAAAACUUAGAGCCACUGAUAGGAACUAAGAAAGAAAAAAUAUGCAACCAAUUUGAUAAAUAUAAUUGAUUUAAAACAAAAAGGGGCUUCGAUACACAAAUUCCUGAUCCUUAAACAAAAUAUUAUAUAACAUUCAAAUGAAAGUUCGUGUUUUUACAUAUUUUUCACUAUAAAAAAUGUUUUAUUUGAAUAUACAAAAGAAUAAGAUAUGUCGUACGUUAUAGACAGAAAAUUACGCAGUCAAAUUUCUCAUGUUUAAUAUGAUUUGAAUAUAUGGUUAAAAUGAUGUAACAAUAAGACUUUAAAAAAAUAUAAUAACAGUGUAUAAUUACACAACUAUUGAGCUAUAGGAGAGCGAAACAAUUCAAUCAUUUGUCAUAGGCUGUAUAAUGUUUAAAUUAAAUUCAUUUCAUAAUUAUAACUUGA